CGAGUUUUUCGUAUUUUUACUGUUGCACUUGUUUUUUUCGUUUUGUUUUUGUUCUUCUUCCUUCUUCGGUGCUUCAGUGAUUAGUCUUAUUGAUACUGUUUUAAUUCAUUUAAGAAGCACAAAUAAACAAGGAUUGAAGAUAACUGUGUAUAAGGAUGAGCAUAUUGAGUGUUUAAUCCACAAAUCCAUCCGAAUCCACUAGUCCCAAUCUCUGGGGAAACCAUGUAAAUCUGUGUCUUGUGUUAACGCUCUUGCUUUGUUCUCGUUGAUUUAGGUACACUUUCUUAACAUGGUAUUAAAGCUUUUGUCGAUGGAAUCGGAGAGCAUCACUGUUCGGCUCAAUGCGAAGAACUACGCGCUCUGUGAAUUUUGAUUGCGCACGUUCGUUGAAGGAAAAGGGUUUCUCUUUGUGCUCGACGUAACUUUUUCAAAAUCGACCUCGCCUCCUGCUACCGAACAGGAGGUUACUAGCUGGAACCAGAACAAUGCAAGGGUAAAAUCAUGUAUCCUUAAAUUAUGUUGAUUUGGGGAUUGUUCUUGGUCUUCGUCUAUUGUCUACAGCCAAUGAGAUGUGGUGUCAUCUUGCUGGCACAUAUACCCAAUUCAAUUCAGCUUGCCAGUUCGAUAUCCAGUGUGAUUUGAGCAGUCUGUAGAAGGGAAACCGGGAUGUUGCCGCGUACUACAACGAGGCCCAGCUCCUCUGGACGGAGCAGCAACCUUCUCAUCGCCGCCCUCCGUCCUGCAGUUGUCUCCGCUGAAGUGAACGAAGAACUGAAGCAAACUCGCAUCCUUCAAUUUCUCAUGCAAUUGAGUCCUGAGUUCAAAGCUCAUCGUUCUCGCUUGGUCAAUCAAGAUGGGCUCUCCAUGGACGGGAUCUUGGGCCAGCUGAUCCGUGAAGAAAAGCGACUGCGUACUUAGGAGAAGUUGGAUGUCCGCUAAGGAGCAAGCGGGUCCACCGUGUUUGUCGUCGUUCAGGCCUCCACCAGUAAUGGUCCUCCCACCUCAAAUUCUGCUUACGCUGUUAACUGUCCCCAGUUUCAGAGAUGCAUCCCUUCGUGUGAGCUGAAGUGUCACUAUUGUGAAGAAGUUAGCCAUCCUAAGCGUCUCUGUAAGAAAAGAAACAUAUGCAACUACUACAAAGACACUAGGGUUGGCAAGGAAAACCGAUGGAUCGGGUAUCCACUUGAACCCGAGCCAGCAACGCUGGCAAAACCUGCUUUGACUAGGCGUGGGUCGGGCUCGGGUAAAACCCAAAAUGUAAAUGAUCAGGCUUGGGUCGGGGUGGAUAUUGUGAUAUCUGACCCAAACCCACCCGGAAUAUAAAUAAUCCCUAAGUUCUUAACCCUCGUCCCCGAACCAUGUUCCCUUACCCCUCGUCUCUGCGAGACCCUAACUCACAUCCCUCUCUCAAUCUCUCAUCACUCAUCAACUUUUACCAAGUUCGCGUGCAGCGCAGCAGAGGUUGACUCCUUCCAACUACAACAUUCCGAUCGACGGCCAAGCAUAACCUUCGACCGGGUGUAGCAUAGUGCAAGCAAGCAAUAAUAAUUUAUCGUACCACGAGGAUCUAGGCUUACCCUACUUCAGGUUUAGGGUUCGUUAUCUAGCCAACCUAGGAUGGUUAUUAGAAAAAUUAAACUAACUAACCUAGCUAACCACUAACCUAGCUAUUUACAAGAUUGGAAGCUCUCUUGGGUUUCAAUCCCCCUAGCUACGUCCUUUGGAUCGUUGUUGAGUUUCCUCCUAUCUCAAUUUACUAAAAUACUCUACCAUCAGGAGAUGGACUCCCUUGCGAAUGAUCCGGGAUGGCAAAUCGAUGAAUGGGUAUGCUUUAUUCAACCUAGGGAAACCCUAUAUCGUAGGAGAUUGAUGGAAUCGACUCCCUUGGGGAUUACCCGUACAAUAUAGGAUGAGGAGUGAUCCAAAGAUGCCAAUAAUGGGCUCCAAGGAGAUUUUCUCCCUCCUAGGUCAAAAGCUCAUACAUGAGAAUGGAAGCCAAACUCAUACAAUUCAUAAAACAUCCAUCAAUUAAGUAAAAUCAUCAAUCAAAUAUGGAAUUGUCACAUACAUCAACAAUGAAAUAAAAUCUAGACCUAGGGAUCUUAAACCCAAGAGAAUAUGGUGAAUUUUUAGAGAGAGAAGAGAGAGAUUACAAAUAAGGCACAUGAUCUUCUUCUUCUAGGCUUGAUUGCUUGCUUCCAAGCUUAAUCAAUGCCUUCAAUUAAGCUCCAAGAUCACUCAAGAACUCAAUCUCUCUCUCUAGAACUCCCCUUUGGUAUUUUGGGUCAAAACCCUAGAGAAAGAAACUAAUUCAUCUCCAAAAAUCAGCUCUCCUUUCUCUCUCCCCGCUGCUAUCUUUUAUACAGCCCGAAAGUGCCGACAUCACGAUUAUUGUUCACAGACGUGAACUCGAAGGCUUGACCUUUAUCUUUGACAAAAAACGCAGCAUUUUGGGCUACUUCACGGUCUGGGGCUUGAGUUCACGGUCUUAGCUAUCGUGAACUGGUUGGACUCCAGUGAGACGACAAACUGCUCAGGAAAUUGACCACUUCACGGUUUGAGGGUGAUUAUCACGGUCUUAGGACCAUGAUAAAUGAGUCCACACCGUCAAGUCAUGCAUUUCACUCCCCGGGGGUGAUUUCACUGUCUCAGGGCGUGACAUUUGCCUCCAGUUCUGAAAAGUGCUCAGCCUCCACUUUUUGGCUCGUUUUGACCUCCGAAUGACCCGAAACUUGUCCCGGACCUUCCCACAUGUACUAGGAACUUGAAUGUGACAAAAUAAACACAACCUAGCAUAAAAUAGGCCGAGGGAUUAUGAUAACUAAGUCAAACAAUCAAGAAACGAGGACUAAAAUA